AUGGCCCUGCCCGGACAUGGUGCGGCGCCGGCAGCGGUAUCCGGCGAAGCCGUCCUGUGCCCUGCGCCGAUCCAGAUUACGGCCGAGAAGAUCCUCGGAAGGCCAGGGAACGCCGGGAACCCAAGAUUCACCCGCCCAAGCAGAAGAGACUCGUCGCCGCCGCCGCCGCUACCGCCUGCGCAGCCGGAUAGCGGUUCCAUCUCCAUGGUCGCCUCCUCUUCCUCCUCCACGGAGGGCCUCCUGGGCGUGCGGAGAGGGAGAGGCCUACUAUUGCGAUGGAUGCGGCGACAUGAGGUUAGCCUUUUUCUAGGUAGAACCGAGCCUAUUAUCUAUGCUUGGAAUCCUGGAAGGGAACAUACGAUGAAGGACUUGUUGCCAGCUUUAAAAGGGAGAUGUGAGCUCAGAAUUGCAGGCUAUACCCCCAAUCUCAUGAAGGUAAUCUGCCUAGGCGUGGUAUUUUAUUUAGGAACACUGUAUGACAUUAGAACUGCUGUUAUUGUUGCUCAAGAUGAGACGCGUGCCACCGCUGUUCAGCACUGUAAUCCAAAGGUGUUUGGUUUGAAACGCCCACCUAUUUUCAGUCAUGCUGGCAGUAGAGGGGGCGACUGGGGAGGUGCAUCGAGAGUGCCGGUGGUGUCGUGUGAUCGUGUAGUACAGGGAGGUGUCCGCCAUCGAGAAUCAGUCAACAGCGGAAGGCGCCUGCACUAA